AUGUGUGGUAUUUUCGCUGCCUUCAGACACGAAGACGUUAAGGCUUACAAGCCAAAGGCUCUACAACUCACCAAGAGAAUCAGACACCGUGGUCCUGAUUGGUCCGGUAACGUCGUCAAGAACACCACCAUCUUGGCUCACGAAAGAUUGUCCAUCGUCGGUCUAGACUCCGGUGCUCAACCAAUUACCUCCCCAUGUGGUAACUACACUUUAUGUGUUAACGGUGAAAUUUAUAACCAUAUUCAAAUCAGAGAAGAAUGCGCAGACUACCAAUUCAAGACUCUAUCCGAUUGUGAACCUAUCAUCCCACUAUAUUUGAAGUACGAUUUAGACGCUCCAAAGCAUCUAGACGGUAUGUUCGCAUGGUGUCUAUACGACGCUAAGCAAGACCGUAUCGUCGCCGCUAGAGAUCCAAUCGGUAUCACCACUUUGUACAUGGGUCGUCAAUCUAAGACUCCUCAAACCGUCUACUUCGCCUCUGAAUUGAAAUGUUUGACCGAUGACUGUGACUCCAUCGUUGCUUUCCCACCGGGACACGUUUACGAUUCUAACACUGAUCAAAUUACUCGUUAUUUCAACCCAGAUUGGUUAGACGAAGACAGAAUCCCAUCCACCCCAGUCGACUUAAAGGCUAUCAGAGAAACAUUGGAAAAGGCCGUCAGAAAGAGAUUAAUGGCUGAAGUUCCAUACGGUGUCUUAUUAUCCGGUGGGUUAGAUUCUUCUUUAAUCGCCUCCAUUGCCGCCAGAGAAACUGAAAAGGCCAUGCAAGACGUUGACGUGGAAGAUGAAAAUGGUGAACAUCACAAGCAUCUAACAGGUGUCGAUGAUGAAGGUCAUUUACACACUGGUGGAUGGUCUCGUCUACAUUCCUUCGCCAUUGGGUUGCCUAACGCUCCAGAUUUACAAGCCGCUAGAAAGGUUGCCAAAUUCAUUGGUUCCGUGCAUCAUGAACACACUUUCACUUUACAAGAAGGUUUGGAUGCCCUAGAUGAUGUUAUCUACCAUUUGGAAACUUACGACGUCACUACCAUUAGAGCUUCCACUCCAAUGUUCUUACUUUCUAGAAAGAUUAAGGCUCAAGGUGUCAAGAUGGUUCUUUCCGGUGAAGGUUCCGAUGAAAUUUUCGGUGGUUAUUUGUAUUUCGCUCAAGCUCCAUCUGCUGCUGAAUUCCACACUGAAUCUGUAAAGAGAGUGAAGAACUUGCAUUUGGCUGAUUGUUUGAGAGCUAACAAGUCUACUAUGGCUUGGGGUCUAGAGGCUCGUGUUCCAUUCUUAGACAAGGAAUUCUUGCAAUUAUGUAUGAACAUUGAUCCAAAGGAUAAGAUGAUUGACCAAGCCUCUGGUAAGAUUGAAAAAUACAUCUUAAGAAAGGCAUUCGAUACCACAGACGAUCCAGAAGAAAAACCAUACUUACCACAAGAAAUCUUAUGGAGACAAAAGGAACAAUUUUCAGAUGGUGUUGGUUACUCAUGGAUUGAUGGGUUGAAGGAUACCGCUGAGAGAGUCAUCAGUGAUGCUAUGUUUGAAAAUCCAAAACCUCAUUGGGGUAACGAUGUUCCAACUACUAAGGAAGCAUACUGGUAUAGAUUGAAAUUCGAUGCUCUUUACCCACAAAAGACUGCUGCUGAUACCGUUAUGAGAUGGAUUCCAAAGGCUGAUUGGGGUUGUGCUGAAGAUCCAUCUGGUAGAUACGCUAAGAUUCAUGAAAAGCAUGUUGAUGGUAACUAA